GAACUGACUGAACCCCAAGUCCACUCACCGUGACUCCGUGACCCUGCUUCCAUUGUGUCUUCUAUCGUGUCAUCUUCUAACACCCACUCCACCUCUUUCCACCCACAGGACCUCCCUUAUUACCUGGCCACUCCACUCCGCUCCGCGAGAGUCCAGCUCCGGGGUUUCCAACAGAGAGGCGCAGGAGCUGAGGGCUCCCUCACCACGGAGCUCCGCAACAAGUGCUCGGAGGGGAAACAGAGCUGCGAACAUCUGAAACCGGACAAACACGGCAGGCAGCCCGGGUGGAUGAGCGCUCAGAGAUGCAAGCCGCGCUGUUAAUGCUCCUCUGCGGCCUGACUGCCACAGUUGGCCAGGAACCAGACCAAGCCCAUGGCUGUGCCCAAGGCAGCUGUUAUCCAGCAACUGGGGACUUGUUGGUUGGAAGGGAAAAAAACUUGAAGGCUUCGUCCACUUGUGGCAUGAGAAAGAAAGAGCGGUAUUGCAUCGUCAGUCACCUGCAGGAUGAGAAGAAAUGUUUUGAGUGUGACUCCAGACGACCAUACGACCCAGUCUACAACACCAUUAAUCACCGGAUAGAGAAUGUUAUCACCACCUUCAAACCACAUCGGAAAAAGUCCUGGUGGCAGUCAGAGAACGGAAAGUCAAAUGUUUUUAUUGAGCUGGAUCUUGAGGCAGAGUUUCAUUUUACUCAUCUGAUUAUGACAUUUAAGACUUUCCGCCCUGCUGCCAUGCUUAUUGAGCGAUCAGCAGAUUUUGGUCGAACCUGGCAGAUCUAUCGCUACUUUGCUCAUGACUGUGCUGUUUUUUUCCCUGGAGUCUCUACGGGUCCUUUGCAAAACAUCAACGAUGUGAUCUGUGAAUCCCGUUACUCUGACCUGGAGCCAUCGACAGAGGGCGAGGUCAUCUACAGAGUCUUGGAUCCAGCUAUCAAGAUUGAGGACCCAUACAGCCCCAACAUUCAGAACCAACUGAAGAUCACCAACUUAAGACUGAACUUCACCAAACUUCACACACUUGGAGACACCCUGGUGGACAACAGAGCUGAAAUUAGGGAGAAAUACUACUACGCCAUAUACGAACUUGUUGUACGUGGAAACUGCUUUUGCUAUGGCCACGCCUCUGAGUGUGCACCCAUUGAAGGCAUCAGGGACGACAUAGAAGGAAUGGUUCAUGGCAGAUGUGUGUGUAACCAUAACACAAAAGGUUUGAACUGUGAGCAAUGCGGUGACUUCUACAAUGACCAGCCUUGGAGGCCAGCUGAAGGCCGCAACACACACGCUUGCAAGAAGUGUGAUUGCAGCGACCAUUCAGAUAAGUGUCACUUUGACAUGGCGGUCUAUUUGGCCACGGGAAACACGAGUGGAGGGGUGUGUGAUGACUGCCAGCACAACACAAUGGGCAGAAAUUGUGAGAUCUGUAAACCAUUCUUCUACAAAGAUCCCACAAGGCACAUAAGAGACUCCCGUGUUUGCAUAGCUUGUGAUUGUGACCCAGAUGGCUCAGAGAAUGGAGGAUUGUGUGACAGCCACACUGACCCGUCGCUCGGCAUGGUGGGAGGCCAGUGCCGUUGCAAGCCUAACGUAGAAGGGCCACGCUGCGACAAGUGCAAGACCAACUUCUUUGGCCUGAGUGCCAACAACCCUGUGGGGUGCCAACCUUGUCGAUGUGACUCCAGAGGAACCGUGUUGGGCAGCUCCAUGUGUGACCCAUUCAGUGGAGACUGCAUCUGCAAGCGACUUGUCAUUGGACGCUUCUGUGACCAGUGUCUAUCCGAACACUGGGGGCUGAGCCACGACCUGAACGGAUGUAGAGGUUGCGAAUGUGAUAUUGGAGGGGCACUCGACAACCAAUGCUCCAUUGAUAGUGGUCAGUGUCGCUGCCGCAGUCACAUAACGGGACGCGAUUGCAUGAAGGUGGAGUCUGGAUAUUUUUUUAUGGCUCUGGAUCACUUCAUUUAUGAGGCUGAGUUUGCUCAAAUGGGGCAGGGUUGCACCUUAGAGACCAGGGAACAUCAGCCCGGACGCCCCGCUCAGUGGACAGAUAUCGGCUUCGCUCAGGUCCCUCAAGGCGGCACUUUGGAGUUUCUGUUAAAUAACAUACCUUACUCUAUGGAAUAUGAUUUAGUCAUCCGCUACGAAUCCCAGAUGCCCCGGGACUGGGAGGAGGUGCAGAUAACCGUGAUCCGUCCAGGUUCCAUUCCCACCAGCAGCCCUUGUGGGAACACCAUCCCAGAUGAUGACAGACUCACCAUCCCUCUGCCAGCCGGAGCCAGGUUUGUGGUUCUUCCUCAGCCAGUGUGUUUGGAGAGAGGUGUGACAUACUCCCUCCGCUUGGAGUUCACACGUUAUCAAGAUGCUAACAGUAUCCUCAACGGAGCAGACUACGCUGUCAUCCUCAUAGACUCUAUUGUGCUGAUGCCGCGUCACUCCUCCAUGGAGAUGUUCAACACUGGGGAUCUUGCCUCAAACGUCAGGAGGCAGACCUUUGAGCGGUACCGGUGCCACGAGGGAGCAAGGAGUGUGAUCCGCCCACAGAUCAGUGAUACCUGUGCUAAACUCAUCAGCAGCAUGUCAGCCGUUAUUAAUGAUGGAGCCCUGGCUUGCAACUGUGACCCUCAGGGGUCCAUCAGCUCCCUUUGUGAUCCCCGUGGGGGCCAGUGUCGCUGCAGGUCCAACAUCAUUGGUCGGCGCUGUGACAAGUGUGCACCAGGAACCUACGGCUUCGGACCCUCAGGCUGCAUACCAUGCGAGUGCAGCUUAGACGGGUCGGUAACUCGACUCUGUGACAAGUACACUGGGCAGUGCCAGUGCCGUCCCGGGGCGUUUGGUCAGAGAUGCGACGGGUGUCAGGUGGGUCAUUGGGGCUUUCCCAGCUGCCGACCCUGCCACUGUAACGGACAUGCCAACCACUGUGACCAGAGAAGCGGAGUCUGCAUCAACUGCAGGGAUAACACCGGCGGGGACAGUUGUGACAGGUGUGCCAAUGGUUAUUAUGGGAACCCAGUUUUGGGUAUAUCAUCUGGUGGCCAGUGUCGCCCGUGCCCAUGUCCAGAUGGACCCCACAGUGGACGCCACUUUGCCACAUCUUGUUACCAGGACAACCGCAAUCGACAAAUUAUCUGCAACUGUAACCAAGGUUACACAGGGAUUGUUAAACGCUCCGGGGCGACCGUUUUUAAGCGCGCCCGGUGUGAAGAAUGCGCCCCAGGUUACUACGGCAACCCCUCUCAGCCGGGAGGGCGCUGCCAGCCAUGCCAGUGCAACAAUAACAUAGACAUGUCAGACAUGGACGCAUGCGACAGGCGGACGGGGGAGUGCAGGAAGUGCCUUUACAACACAGAGGGUCCCAACUGUGGCAUCUGCAGGAGCGGAUACUUUGGAGAUGCAUCCCGACGCAACUGCAGGAAGUGUAUAUGCAACUUUUUGGGCACGGAGCGCAGCCAGUGCAUGGAGCGUGAAGACUGUGUGUGCCAGCGUGCCACGGGCCAGUGUCAGUGUCUGGCAAAUGUGGUAGGUCUGUCGUGCGACCACUGCGCCCCCAACCACUGGAACCUGGCCAGUGGGAAUGGCUGUGAAGCAUGCAACUGUGAUCCCAACAACUCUGUCACAUCCUCCUGCAAUGAAUUUACAGGGCAGUGUCAAUGCCGAGAGGGGUUUGGAGGAAAGACCUGCACAGAAUGUGAGGAGAACUUCUGGGGAGACCCCCGGACGCUGUGCAGAGCGUGCGACUGUGACUGGCGUGGGAUUGAGACAUCUCAGUGCAACCGCGCGACCGGCCACUGCGUCUGCCGGCAGGGGGUGUCGGGCGUCCGCUGCGACCAGUGUGCCAGAGGCUUUGCCGGCCAGUUUCCGAACUGCCAGCCCUGUCACCAGUGCUUCGGGGACUGGGAUCGGAUAGUACAGGACCUGGCAGUACGCACCAAGACUCUUGCAGAGCGAGCCAAUGAGAUUCAAAGCACUGGGCUUAUCGGACCUUAUGAGAAAACCUUCAAAGACCUGGAGGCGAAGCUGGCUCAAGCUCAGGCCAUCGUCAACGCAAGAAAUGCCACGACUGCAGCUGUGGCUACUCUGAUGGCUCUUAUUGAGGAUCUCAGGGCACAAAUUGGUGAGACAACCGAAGCCCUAAACCACGUGGAGGGAGAUUUAACAAUCAUCCAGGACCGAAACUCUGACGCAAGCAAGGAGCUGAACACUCUGGAGCGGGAGGCUCGAGAACUGAACCUCACAUCUGAGCAGCUAAAACAUCAACUGGAUAUUCUGAAAAACUCUAACUUCUUAGGAGCGUAUGACAGCAUCCGCAGCUCCUACAACAUGUCUCGAGAUGCUGAGCGACGGGCCAACCAGUCGACCACCACCAAGCCUAGCACGGUCAGUCAGUCGGCAGACACUCGCCGCCGCACCGAGCGCCUCAUUGCCGCGAAGAAGGACGACUUCAGUCGGAAGAACUCAGCAAACAAGCGAGCGCUGGGGGAGCUGAAGGCCCGAGCCCAGGGUCUGGACAUGAAAACGCUCAAUGAGAAGAUUUGUGGUUCUCUAGACGACGUUCCCUGCACGGAGAACCCCUGUGGAGGAGCUGGUUGCCGGGAUGACGAAGGGAACCGUCACUGCGGAGGCCUGAACUGCAACGGAGCCGUGGCUGCAGCUGACAAUGCUUUGGAGCGAGGCAAACAUGCAGAGAAGGAGCUGAACAAAGCCAUGGGGGAGAUGCAGGAACUCUUCACCAAGGUAAAAGAAGCUAAGGCCAAGGCAGAGGAGGCUAAGGGUAAAGCCCAAGCUGCUCUGGAUAAAGCCAAGGCCACAAAGAACAAAGUAGAGCACUCCAACAACAACCUCAGAGACCUGAUCAAACAGAUCAGGGACUUCCUCACUCAGGAGGGAGCCGAUCCAGACAGCAUCGAGGCGGUGGCGAACCACGUCCUGCAGCUCUCCAUCCCCGCUUCACCGCUACAGAUCAGACAACUCGCCGACGAGAUCAAGGACCGCGUCCGCAGCCUGUCCAACGUGGACGCCAUCCUGCAGCAGACGCAGGAUGACGUUCAAAAGGCAGAGAAACUGCUGCUGGACGCCAAGAGGGCAAGGCAUCGUGCUGAGGGCUUGAAAAACACAGCGGAGACGGUGAAGCAGGCCUUGGUGGAUGCUAAGACAGCCCAGACUUCAGCUGAGAAAGCCAUAGCGAGUGCCAGGGCAGACAUCAGAGACACUGAGAAUCGACUGGCUGAGAUUGAGACAGAAACCUCCAACAGUGAGAAGAACCUGGAUGAUGCAAUGCGUCGCCUCGGCACACUUGAACAGGAGAUCAAUGAGCUGAAGACCAAGCGAGCCAGAAACAGCAUGGCGGCAGCCCGAGCUGAAGAGACGGCCACCAUGGCUCGGGACAAGGCAAAUGAAGCCAAGCAGAUUCUAGACGGCCAGCUGACAGACAAAUUCAACGAGGUGCAACAACGAGUGGACACCAAGGCCAAGGUCGUGCGGGACGCCAAGAAGAAGGCAGAGAGUCUCCGAGAGGAAGCCAAGGAGCUCCUCAAUGAUGCUCAGAAUAAGCUACAGAAACUAGCAGAGCUGGAGAAAAACUAUGAGGAGAACCAGAGGAAGCUGGAGGGGAAGGUCCGGCAGCUGGACGGGUUGGAGGACAAGAUGAGGAGCAUCCUCAACGACAUAAACAAACAGAUCCAGAUCUACAACACGUGCCAGUAAACGAGCCCCUCCAAAACCGCAAGGAAAGACGUCCACUGCUGUUAAUUUACUUUAGAUAUAUAGAGACAUGGUGCUAGGCUUUCAAGGGAAAAUAAAUCACUCUGCAAGCCAA